AUGCAAUUCCAGUGUUUCACGGGUUAUUUAUCGUUAUUUAUUGUUUUCGCCUGCCAGUUCGGGAUCCUUACUUCUGAAAUUAUUCAACCGAAGUGCCGUGAUUCAGAAGCACCUUUCUCACCUGCAGGCGAAAUACAAUUUUGUGAAGCCUAUGCAGACUUCGGCUGCUGUACACACGAACAAGACGAAGCAGUCCGAAUAUACGUUGAAUCUGAGUGGACGAAACUCGAAAGUGUGGACUCGAAUUUACUUCCGUAUUGUUACGACUAUUUAAAGAAUUUAACCUGCCUGCAAUGCUCUCCGUACAGUUUUGGUAUGUUUUUCAACGAAGUCGUUAAUGGAGAGAUCAAAUUUGCAGAGCACCCCAAGUUAUGCGAUGAACUUGUUACUGAUAUCACCAACGCUUGUCCCGAAAUUGCCAGACACUUUGAAGUCGGAGCAAACACAAUCGGUGAUGAACGAGCAGACGACAGUGACGGUAGUUGUUACCCUAUCAUCGAGUCGGAAAAACCUACAGGCGAACUGGACGGCGUUUGUCUGAAAGAACUGGCCGGCGGUCUGCGUAACCCCCUAGCAUUAGUUCAUGCAGGGGAUAAAAGCGAUCGUUUGUUCAUAGUUGAACACAUCGGUGUUAUACGAAUCAUGGAAAAGGGCGGCGAACUGCGUGACGAACCGUUUAUUGAUCUUCAAGAGAAGGUGUUCACGACUGAUACACCUGGGGACGAACGAGGACUGCUUAGUCUAGCCUUUCAUCCCAAAUUCUCAACAAAUGGUUAUUUUUACGUUUACUAUAGCAGAGUUGCAUCAGGUGAAUUCGACCAUCGUAGCGUAGUAUCAAGAUUUACAGUGCACGCAACGAAUACAAACAAGGCUGAUUUGUCUAGUGAAAUGGUCAUUUUGGAAAUAAAUCAACCUGGAGCUACAGAGAAUGGUGGUCAACUUGUAUUUGGUAAAGAUGGAUAUCUUUAUAUCACUGUGGGAUACGGUGGUGCUGAUGAUGAAAUGGCUGCUGAUAAAUCCAAUCUACUUGGCAGUAUACUAAGAAUUGAUGUUGAUACUGAAGAUGAUGAUGAACCUUAUCAAAUACCCAUUGAUAAUCCAUUUGUAAACGUAGUUGGUGCUAGGCCUGAGAUAUAUGCAUAUGGAUUUCACAAUCCGUGGAGAUGUUCAGUGGAUCCUGGUUCACUACCAGAUGGCAACGAUGGAGGUACAAUAUUCUGUGGUGAUGUUGGUGAUAACAUAGCAGAGGAAAUUAAUGUAAUUCAUAAAGGUAGUUACUAUGGAUGGUAUCACCGGGAAGGACAUCUUUGUCGAUUGAAUGAUGAAGAGAAAGAAAUGUGUGAUAAUCUUGAUGAUAUGCAUAAUGAUGACCAGCUGCCAAUUCAUUUCUAUGAACACACACCUGAGACUGGUAAUGUUAAUGCCGUUGUUGGUGGCUUUGUUUACAGAGGAUGCCAGUCACCAAAUCUGAAAGGCUUUUAUAUAUAUGCUGAUUACAUUUUAGGUAAACUGUGGUAUUUAACACAGAACUCAAGUGGCCAAUGGAUAAACCAUGAUCUCAGUUUUGGUAACAAGGAUGUCUGUAACUAUGGUUACCAAGGCCCAUGGGAUAAACAUCAUUUUAUUCUGGCAUUUGGGGAAGAUGAACAAGGAGAGGUAUACAUGAUGACAACCACGAGUGUGAGUAAUACUGAUCCCACUGGUACUAUCUACCAGAUUGUUGAUCCGGCUCGCCGUACGGAUCCAUCAACAUGUAGCCAGAUAGAUUCCAUCACUAUUGGAGAGGAAGAAUUCCCGGUGUUGUCGGCAGCCAGCAAAUGCACCAUGACGUAUGCCUUAAUGGCCGUUUCUGUUUUCUCUCAAUUCUUCUCAAGUUUUUGA